UCUUCCCUCCCUUCUAUCGAUGAAUGAAACGAUUCCUUUCAGCCUAGCUACAUAGUAACUGUCCAUCGACAACAACAAGUCACGUGCACCAAUCUGACCUUCUUGGCGUGUCGACGUCACGGAAUCCGAUCAUCACCUCCGAACCCUCGGCCAGACCAACGCUACGAUCCAACGAACAAAUCUCAUCCACAGGGACCGACUACCAGUCCUCCCAUCAUCACCAAGAUGGCCUCUUCCUCCAAACCCCCGAGCUUCCUGCUCUACUCAUGUAUAGCCCACCGCACCACCAUCCUGGCCGAACACUCCGCCCCAGGAUCCUCCAGCACGUCCGCCUCGUCCCUCGCCUCCAUCAUCCUCCCCAAGAUCAGCCACGACCGGCCCCAAAAGCUCACCUUCACCCAUGAGCGCCUCUUCGUGCACUACAUCGCCGACUCGCCCACGGGCUCCUCACCCGACGAGUCGGCCUCCACCAGCACCGAGCCCACCUCCUACGCGCCCCUCAGCUACAUCGUCGUCGCGACGGCCGAACAAGGCCGCCGGAUCCCCUUCGCCUACCUCCUCGAAAUGAAGCGCAAGUUCCUCGCCGCCUACUCGCCCUCGAAUACCGAUUUCGCCUCCCUCCCCGCCUACGGCUGCGCCGCGUUCAACACCGAACUGCGCGCCCUCAUCCAUACCUAUAAUACCGCCCCGCCGGCGGACUCGCUGGCGUCGGCGCGCAAGGAAAUCGACAGCGUGCGCGACAUCAUGACGGAGAAUAUUGAGCGGGUGCUGGAGCGCGGGGAGCGCAUCGAUCUGCUCGUCGAUAAGACGGACCGGUUGGGUGGCAAUGCGCAUGAUUUCCGGAUGCGGAGCCGUGGGCUGCGACGGCGCAUGUGGUGGAAGAAUAUCAAGUUGAUGGUCCUCCUGGUUGUGGUGGUUAUCUUCCUGCUCUACCUGUUUAUCGGGAUGGGGUGUGGAUUGCCGGCUUGGGGGAAGUGUGUCGGUCAGAGCGAGUGAAUGGAGUGAAAUCUGCGGCCUUGCCGUGUCCAUUACUGUCCAAGUGUCUAUGUCUAGGGGGCUUGGAGCGUGGUGUCUGACUGGCUGAGCAGAGGCAUUGGUCUGGCUUUUCCGAUCUUAUUUGAUGUUUUAUUAGCAUGGUCGCUUGAUGAUCUGAUCUGUCUUUAUUAUCUUCUCCUUGAGAUUAAUGGUGGGCUUUCGUUUGUAUUUUUGAAGUUGAGCACCACUCGUUUAUUAUGAUAUCACUCAAACGAUUUAUUUGAAGUCGCAAUUCAAGUUAGUUGACGAAUGUAUAA